AUGUUGGUGAUGGGGCAUGAGCUUUGGACAUAUGAAGUUAAAUCGACCCUAAAAGUGCUUAGGCUUUCUCCAGGUUCCAUUAGAGAGGCCAUAAGCAUUCAAACUUGCGAUCGCAAUGGAGUCCAAAAUCCAAGAAUUUCGGUAACUCUUUACCAAAGUUUACCAGAUGUAUUCAUGUACAACUCAUCAAAUGGCAUCCGCUUGGGCGGUGAAAUUGGCAUUCUAUUGGAAACAUUUAUAGAGAAAAUCCACGGUUCUAUGGACAUUCGGCGAAUUUCAUUUGAUGAAUAUAUGGAAAGAGUCUUGUUAGGCAAUACUCACAUUGACAUCGGAGCGAAUAUGCUAUCGGACUUUGAUGGGUCGUUGUACAGCCCGGUGUGGAAGAUGACACAGCUAUGCCUCGUGCUGCCCAACGAAUGCGGGAGUUUCAUUCAGUAUUUCAGUGACGUCUAUGAGCAAAAGUUUACAGUUAUGUGUUUCAUGGUGUUUUAUACUCUCUUGAAUGCUCUGAUCAUGUGGAUCAUCAAUCCGCGGGCGCCACUGGGCAACACACUGUUCAAUAGUGCAAGGCUCACCAUUGGGCAGGGCGUGGCAGACCGAGCGUUUCGUCGCCUCAGACUGCCUGAGAAGAUUAUCGAGAUUUUUACGCAGAUCUUUACGCUUCUAGUCCUAAGUAUUGUAACAGGAGCCGUGACAACAGCGCUCAUCACAGGCGUGCGAAGGGCUGAAAUUGUGGACCUCGAAACGUUUCUGGAGAGCGGACUGCGAGUUAUGGUCUAUUCUAACCAAGUGCAGGACGAGUUUAACUACUUACUGCCAUCGAUUCAGACGCGUUUCCUUUACGUGGACAAGCCUGAGAGGGAUCGCCACCUAUACAGCCUGAACGACAGCUAUGCCUACCUCAUGGUGACACACAAGUGGCAGCUAUUGGAGUAUAUUCAGCGGCGUCUCCACAAACCCAAACUGCGUCUCGCCACCGGGAAGCUGUGUAGCAGUGAGCGUUACAUCCAGCUUUAUGUGUGCAGUGGCGCGUGCUACGCCCCAGCCUUGGAACACUUUGCGCUGAAUGCAUACGAGUUUGGACUAACCACGGGGUGGAUGCAACAGGGAUUGCGCCAGGCCGAGCAAGCUGGGCUUGUGGCCAAGGAACCUUACGAGCCACCUACUCUGAGACCAUUGCCCCUUGAGUUUUAUCGACGAGCCUAUGAAUUAUACGGUUUCCUAUUGGUGCUCAGUCUAAUUGCGUUUUUGAUGGAAUGCCUCAUUGCAUAUUGGCGAACUGAUGAUGCUAUAAUCGUGAUUUAA